GUGAGGAAUUUACGAACAUUUAGUGCGGGAGGGAAUCGCGUUGUUUCCGGUGUCAAUAGAGGACAUGUGCAAGGUCUAGCAGUAUUACAGCAGAUAAAUGGCCAAGUAUCUAGCACAGAUCCUGGUCGCUGGGACACAGGUUGUUGGUCGAGCAUUUGCACGUGCGCUGAAGCAGGAGUAUGCAGCCAGCCAACAGGCAGCCCAGAAGGCUGGGGGAGGGAGACAGGGAGCUAGGAGAGCAGCUGCAGACACAGCUACAGGGAUGACGUUACAGGAGGCAAAGCAGGUACUUAAUGUGUCGGAAAUCACAGACAAAGAAUUGAUACAGAGUAAAUAUGACCACUUGUUUGCUGUCAAUGAGAAGUCCAAGGGUGGCUCAUUCUAUGUGCAGUCUAAGGUCGUGCGGGCUAAGGAGAGGAUUGACAUGGAGAUAACCAACCCUGAACCUAAAAACAAGAAGGAAGAAACAUGACGUCACCAUCUCCUAGACAGUGUGUGUGUUUGUGUGGAUGAUCAGGAUUGCAAUCAGGGCCAAAUUUGUACCCGCUGCAGAUCAACCUACCAUGAUGACAGUGUUUUGGAGAUUGGUUCAGUAUGCUUGAUUUGGAAUUAAGGAGAUAGCCUCAAACUGAAAUUAUCAUUAAGAUGUUGUAUGUCUUGCACAGUUACCAUGGUUACUUGAUAUGCAGGAAGUCUUUCUAUUCUUCAGUCUUCUUGUGAUACAUUUACCCUCAGAACCAAAGAUGCAAGAAGCUGACGAUUCUGGUCCAGUUCUGGUCCAAAUUUGUGCAUAAGGGCAUUAACCUACAUGGUAAUUUUCAUUAGUACCCACAUAGUUCACUUGAUUACCUGGCAUUUGUUGCUGAAGAAAGACAAACUGAGAUAUGCAAGUUAUCAGUGGUUCGAGUUUCAAAGGGAGCCAACUCUAAAUACACACUGGAGGUAUGCUGUUUAGUUCAGAAAAUGCAUGAUUGACCUGGCAUGUCCAUUGCUUGAUCCAUCAAGAACAAUGAUCUAUCACUAUACAAUUUAGAAAUCAUGUAUAUGAAGAACAGCAUUUGUUAACAAUUGUAAAGAUGUUUAAAUUUU